AUGGGUUGCCUACUCGGAGGAUCACAAAACGAAGGCCAACCAUCAAGAGUAAACAAAGACGACAAAGCAAUUGCUGAGCUCAAAAUCACUCGAGAUAAAGUCAAAACUUAUCAAAGGAAGCUCGAAACCAACAUUGAGCACUGCAAACAGGCAGUCAAACAAUGCAUCAAAAAAAAGAAUAAAGACCGAGCACUUCUUGCUUUAAGAAAGCAGAAAUUCCUUGAUAAAAAUCUAGAAACCACUCGAGGAGAACUUCUAACCCUUGAAGUUCUCAUUAAUGAUAUUGAAAAUGCCCAGAUUCAGAAAAAUAUUUAUGACUCAUUAAAGAAAGGGAAUGAAUUUUUACAAAAUAUAAAUCAGCAGCUUACCUUGGAUGACGUUGAAAAACUAAUGGAAGAAACUUUUGAGGCAGUAGAGUACCAACAAAAAGUUAGUGAAGCAUUGUCUCAACAAGGACUGAAACAAGAUGAUAAGGACUUAUUGAAAGAACUUGAAAGGCUGGACAGCUUGGAAGCUUUAGAAGUUGACCUUCCAAAUGCUCCUACCAAUAAACUGCAGCAAAUGGAUAUUGAAGGCCCUGAAAAAGAAGAGCGAAAAGUAUCUUCAAAACGCCAACAAGUUUUAUUAGCUUAG